UCAAGUAUCAGGCAGCAGCUUAUCUGUUUCGGUAUUGUGUAGGUGAGUUAGUCGGGUUUGGAUUUGCUUCUGCAAAACAAUAUCGUUUUGGCGACUACUUUCAAAGUCAUUGAACAAGGAAGAUGUUUGGAUUUCAUAAGCCAAAGAUGUACCGGAGCAUAGAUGGGUGCUGUAUCUGCAGAGCCAAGUCCUCAAGCUCCCGCUUUACUGACAGCAAGCGGUAUGAAAAGGACUUUCACAAUUGUUUUGGGCUGCAUGAAAAUCGUUCUGGAGAAAUCUGUAACGCUUGUGUGCUGCUUGUGAAGAGGUGGAAGAAGCUACCGGUGGGAUCUAAAAAGAACUGGAAUCAUGUGGUAGAUGCAAGAGGUGGACCAAGUUUAAAAACUGCCAUAAAGACAAAGAAAAUGAAGUCUCUGACCAGAAGAAUAAGGCCAAGCCAGAUCAGCAAACUCAAGAAUGGAUUAAAAGGACAGAAUUCUGAUGCCCACAGUACCACAUCAAGUGCCUCCCCAGCUCAGUCCCCAAGCUACAGCAAUCACUCUGACGAGGGAUCUGAAGCAGAGCUGAGCACUGGCUCCAGCAGGAUGCCAGUCUUCUCCUUCCUUGACCUCACAUACUGGAAAAGACAGAAGGUGUGUUGCGGGAUAAUCUACAAGGGCCGCUUUGGCGAGGUCCUUAUUGAUCCCCAUCUCUUCAAACCCUGUUGCAGCAAUAAAAAGGAGGUGGCAAAAACCCAGGAUACACAAGGCCUGCCGUCCCCAUCGAUCACAAAAGAGGAGGAUGAAGAGUGGUGACCCACCAAACCCACAGUACCUGAAUUGGGUGGAAUUCUGAAAAAGCCUUGGGUGGCUUGAGCAGAUCAAACACUAUUCUUUCAAUAUGCCCCCUGCCACAAUCCCCCCCCCCAGACUUCCAUUUUUUUUUUUUUUUGGUUCAUUUUUUUUAUAGCUGAAAGGACUGCACUGGGACUCAAUGCUGACGUGUGGUUUGCAGACUGCCAACGAAUAAUGACCUCCUUGAGUAUUUAACUCUAAUAUUGUACUAUUUGUUGGAUACACAUACACUAACUUUUAAGUAAUUCAAAUAAAGUACAGGUAUUUGUUUCCUUUUACACUGGGGUGGGUGGGUUGAACAGGGGUAUAACUGCAGUGGUGCUGUACAGCUGUUUUUAGAUAGGUGUUAAAGAGAAGAAUCAUUCUUUCCUCCACUUUGGAUUUGCAGACAGCUUUUAGAGCAAUUUAUUUAUGCGUAACAGUCCACACAAACAGCAUUUCAGAAGUGAAUUUAAGUAAUGUAUCGGCAGUGGCAGUCUGAAAAUGGCAAAUGAAGCUGUAUUAUCCCAGUCCUGUGCAACCUACCGCUGUGGCCAAAAGUUUUGCAUCAUCUAGUAUUUUGCAUGCCUUGGAGAAUUGGAACCUCCCCAGGUUUUUGAUUCAGCCAGGUGCUAAACGUUUGUUUUUUAACAUUGUGCAACGCGAUUUGUUAGAACGCUUCUCAAACCAGCUAAACCCCCCCCCCCCCAAACUGUUGAUCUUUUCUGUGUCUGAAGCGUGAUUUAAUUGUUAAACUGUAUAAGAUUAACCCUUUUGUUAAAGUAAGGAGGGGUUGAGGGUCUCCUCUGGUCUGUAAGUUUACGUCAGGUUUCAGGUAAUCAAUAUAACCUGCAUUUUCCCACUCUUUUUAAUGUGUUGGAAACCAUUUUUCAGUUUUGAAUAACAUUUCUAAUACCGUAGAAUCCUCAGGUGGUUUUGCAGGCUUUUGGCAACAAAGUAAAAAAGUCUAGGCUAGACCUGCAGUGGUUGCAUUUGUUUGGCUGGUCGGCUUUUAAUAUGCAAUUUUGUAUCUUGAUGGUAUUGAUAGUGUAUUUAUUUAAAUGUUGCGGUCAAAAAGAAUGAGUAUUGGUAAAGUCUUAUCACAUACUGGAAUCUUUCCAGACUUUAUAACCUAUUGAUCUUGUAUAUAUGUACCAGAGUCAUAACUUGUAUUUUUCCUUUUUUUUUUUUUUUCCCCCUGGUUAAUUUAGUAUGUAUUUGUCUAAAUGAAUUUUUCAAAUAUGUGUAGUUGUGGCUGUGCUGUUUUAAUUAAUCUCUGACCACUGGUGUACGUUCUCAAUUUAUUAGCCAAAGUGAAAUGGCUAUGACCAGGGAUCCUAGUUUUCUUCAGAACAAAAACACAGUACUAGUGAAUAAGUUAGUUAGUUUUUACAGGAAGUACUUAUUGGUACAGUUUCAAAUUCGAAGGAAGUUACAAGCUCACCAGAGUGAAACCAAUCAAUAAUAUAAACAAAUGUACCAUUUUACUUUAAACAUUACAAAUACAUCUGUACUAAUAAUAAAAACCAAAAAAUUGUAUUUUAUAUUAGUUUAUCUCAAGUUAGUCUCUGUCACCUGGAUGACUAUUGCCAAACUCAUUGACCCAAUCUUUUGGGGUGAUUUUUAUAAUUUUCUGCAUCUUUAAACAGCUUGCUGAGUGUAAAAAUACACUGAAGUAAACUGCAGCUCCGUUUCAGCAUGAACAUGACAUGCGUGUGCCUCGUUCACCAGAAGCAGUUUUAUUGAACACGUGUGUUUACUAAAUUUAAAGCAGAAUUGCCUGUGUUGAUGAUUAUAUAUGA